AUGAAUAAGCUCGCAAACAUGCGUCACUGGACGAGUCCAAGCUUCGGCAUGUCUUCGAGGCCCAACAUGCCCAUGCCCGUCAUCAAUCCCCAUCAGAAAGUCACUCCUCAAGGAGCCGCGCCGAUUGCUCCUCCUCAGGUGGCCGAUUCGCCCAUCCACUACUCCUUCAACGUGCCCUUUGCCUCGGACCUGGCCGGGCCCGACACCGAAGACAUCCUCCACGCCAAUACCGAUGCUCUCCUACGCUGGACUCACCCCGAAGAUGCUCCGGACGACGUCCCCGUCUACGAGCUGCCCGUCCAUGCCCAAAACUUGGCCAAUCUGCGAAAGCUCUGCAAGGACCUGUCCACCGGCCCCCUCCCUAUCGAGGCUCAUGUCAUGUCCACCACGCCCAAACACGUCAAGGGUCAGGUCACCACCGUCUGCCUCUCGGGCCCGCCAGAGCUUGUGUACAGGAGCCGAGACACCAUCCUGAAUGACACUCCGCUCUCGUUGCGAUGCACUACGGUUGACAUCAAUGGUGAAAUGGUUACGGACCCUAGCGGUGGUCUCGAAAAGUCAGUGACGGAGACUCUGGACAACAUUUCCGCGUUUUGCGGUGUCGACACUUUCCUCCUUGGUCCCAAGCUCACCCCGAUUGUCGAUGGCCUGAACGGAGAUACGGAGCUGCGGAGAGAUCAGCGCUGGAGAGUAGCCAUCUACGGCGACAUGCUGUCGUCUGAGCAUGCCAAAACCCGGGUCCUGAUCCAGAUUGAUCGCAUGCUGGGAAGAGUUGCAGACAUGCUGAGGCUCGAGUUGUCUCUUCACCAAGCCGUCUGUGGGCGUAAUCGUAAGAACAUCAAGCUCAUCGAGUCCGCUACUGGCACAGCCAUCUACAUGCCACCGCCCUUCUCAUCCCUGUAUCGCUACUGCCCGCCCAACGCCAGACAGCGAGAUCCGACCGAGAUCUUCAUCACCGGCGAAAACUCAGACGGCAUCGCGGCUGCGAAGAAGAAGAUCCACGAGGUGCUUCACCGUGUGCGUUUGUUUGUCAAGGAUGUGACGAUUCCCGCCGAGAAGAUCGACAGCAUCCUUCUUAACCGCAUGGACAAAGUGCGCAAGAUCAUUGAGGCGAACGGCAGCUACAUCCUGUUCCCUUCGCUCGGUUCGAAACAGACCACGGUUCGAAUUCAAGCCACGGAGAAUCUGCACGCUGAGCGAACCGCGCGCGAACUCAUGGCUCUGGUUGGACAAUUCUACAGUGCAUACUGGACGAUCAACCAGGCCGAUAACAGGCAGCAGCCCAGUCCCAACGACAUUCGCACCAUGCUCGGCGACAUUUGUGCUAACUCGGAUGCGGAUGUUUCUUUCCAGCGGUUGUCUUUCAGCAUCACUGGCUCGGAUGACGCCGUCAAGGCCGCCCUCAUGGUUCUCUCGCAGAUCAAAUUUGUGGCGCAGUCACAGUAUUCUAUCAGGGUCAAGAUCGAGCUUGCGAACGAACACAAGGAGUUUGUCAGCGGGAAAAAGAAUGGCAAGAUCAACAAGAUCAUGGGUCAGAGCAAUGUCCAAAUCAUGUUCGAGAAUUUCGGGGAGUACAACUUCAACAUCGAUGUGAACGCCCAGCUUUACGAGCACAUGAAGCAAGGCCUGUCCCUCGUGGAACAGGAGAUGCCAGCCUCCAUCUCUUUCCAUGUUCCAGACCAGUACCACAAGAGAAUCAUCGGCAUUGGCGGCCAGCACAUUCAACGCAUCAUGAAGAAGCACUCGGUCUUUGUCAAGUUCUCCAACGCAAUGGACCGAGGUGGCAUGGGCCGUGAAGAUGACGACAUCCGGGUUGACAACGUCAUUUGCCGUACACCGGCCCGCAAUGCUCAGAAUCUUGAGCUUGUCAAGUCCGAGAUUCUCGAAAUGGUGGACCGAGUGGAUUCUGAGUUCACCUCGCAGAUUGUCAAUGUGGAUCGCUUGUACCAUCGUCAACUGCUCACGCGUCUGAAUGACAUUGAGGGUCUCGAAAAGAAAUGGAACUGCAAGAUCGUCUUCCCCAGUGCUGAGCAGGCCAGUGACGAGGUCACCGUGACUGGUCCUCAGUGGCAGGUUCCGCAAUGCGUGGAUGAAUUCUUGGGCAUGGUUCCGGAUAACCAUGAACUCGUCCUCUCGCGCACCCCAGCCUUGAUCAAGUAUCUAGAGUCUCCCGAGUUUGCUCAUGACUUGGUUCCCAAGCUCAAAGCCCAACACGAGGUGGACGUCACCGUCCACCAAAAUCCCGACGAACUGACCGAGAGCGGUGGCCCGACUGUCACCCUCAUGUGGACGUUCACACGAAACAACGCGGGAGGUCUUCGAGACGCCAUCGAGUUUCUCCAUGGUCAAUUUGCCACUGCAGGCGUCGAGGUUACUGUGGUCAAGGGGUCUAUCCCGCGCCCGAAAUCGGAUACGUUCGAAGAGUCGCUGCAGUAUUUUGACUCGAAGCUGCUGCAGCACGCACCGACUACGCUGGCAACCGACUCCCCGACAAGGCCGGGCUUUGGAGAUGAGGUUGCCCGGGAACGCAGCACCAUCUUCGACCGACUACGCAAGCCUGGUAGCAUGUCAUCAAUCUCCUCCUUUCUGGAUCGCCGCAAGAACAGUUCCCACUCGGUCAACAAUACUCUGUUCAAGGGAUCCAGCAACGUUUCCAAGUCCUCCCUCAUCUCCAUCGAAUCCACCCGAAGCUUUAAUGCCGACCGGAACCCUUGGAACGACAGCGGAGUGAACCUUACCGAGGAGGACUCGCCUUGGUCGAGCCGACAAUUUGGCAACGGCUCGGAUUCCAAGUUGACGGUGCCUCAACCUGGGGACGCAACUCCCCGACACAACACUCGACAGUCCGCUGAUAGCGGCCGUCCCUCUACUUCCAAUUCUACAAAUUCAGGAUACCCCGGUCCCAUCGGACCAUUCCGUUAG